GUUACUGGUUGCCUCAGCAACGGAUCAAACAGCCGCAAGGAGACGUUUCUGUACAUUCGGACCAAAACUUUACGGCUUUUUCUUCUUAUUUGAGUGCUAGAAAAAAAUCUGAAAAUGGAUGGAAAGGAGAAAGGGUCGAAAAAAAAGAAGAAAUCUCUUUCGUCGUUUUCUGCAAUUUCGAACGAAACAAACAGCAGCUUCAUGUCCUCAAAUGUGACUAACGAAGAGCCAAACGAUGAGGGGGACAAAACUCCAGAGAACCCCGAGGAAGAAAGUCACAUGAGAAUCCUUAGCCUGCAUAGAGAUCUGACAGCAGCAUUAAUCAACAUCCAAACUGCAGCUGUUGCCAUAGUUGCAACAACAAAACUGGAAAAUGCUCAAGGAACCAUAGCGGAGCUGCAGGAGAAAAACGAACAGUCCAGCCAGAAAAUAUUUGAGGAACUCAUAGAAGGGUGGUCAACAGCUCAUCAGAAGGAGGCCCACCAGGACUUGCUGGAAGCCUUAGAAAGUCAGCAGCAUCUGUGUGCUGCUGUGAUAAGAGACAAGAAAAUUCUUAUUAAUGACUUAAAACAGGAACUGAACCGGAGGCAUGAGUCUUAUGUAAGGACCUUGAGGAAGAACGCAGAGGAGUUGAACCUGGUGACAGUGAUGAUGGAGGAGAAAAUGAAAAUAAUGACAGACGUCUACAGGGAAGAGUCCGAACAGAUGGAGAGGAUUCACCAGCAGGAAGUGGAAAUCCUACUUACAAAAGACAAGGAUCAAUGGGAAAAACAAAUCAAGGCACUUUGCGACAAAGAGCUGCAGCUACUGACGGAAAGGAAAAAGAAAGUGAAAGAGUACGAAGAGAAGUGCCAUGACAAGAUUCUGGGGGAUGUUAUCAAUAAUGCAAAAUCUAAAGUCUCAGUGAAGAACCUUCACAAGAAGGUCCCCAGUGAUCUCCUGGUUCCAAAAAACAACUUGCACGCUCAACUCGCCAAACAAUCAAAGGAGAUGUCAACCUUUCUUAAUGGAAGGAUUUUCAGCCUCAAGAAUGACAUUAAAAAGCUGAGAGAAACAUACACAGAGAAAGAAAGAGAAUUAAAAAACUGCACCGAUAAGUUGUAUGGGGAAUACCAGCGGAGCUACCAGAGGGUCCAGAGGUGUAAUCAAAUGCAGAUGAAAACCAGGCACAAUUCAGUUGAUGCAAAACAAUUUAAAGAGUUGCAGCAAAUGAUUGAUGGAGAGUUGAAUCAGUUAGCUCAGAGGGCCUUGACCAUAGACUCCUUGAUCUGCCAGUACCUUGGUCUACCCUGGAAGCAGGAUAACAUGGCCAUGCUGGAACUCCUCAGUCCGAUUCAGGAACAAGUUCCCAAUUUUGGUCAACUGAACUAUGAAACUGACAAGUGCAACCAAGGAAUGAUUGAAUCUGAUAAUAAAGAGAAGGAGAAGCUGUGCAAGGAGGCACUGGAGACAUCUGUAGAUCCACUGUGGGAUGAAAUGAAAUCUUCUGCUGGUUGCAGUGGAAUGAUGAAGGCAGUGGAGGCCAGCCCCCCCACAAACUCCUCCAUCCAUCACAAACCCUUCUUACCUCCUCUGAAACUUCACCCAGGCCUGAAGAGGGAGUCCAGGGAGAGCUCAGAAAAACAGAUAUCUAGCUCCUGGCAUGGUCAGGUCUUGGAUGCUUCAGAAGUUGGUGCCAGGUGGGAAAGGCUAGCCAAUGUCAUCCCUGAAGAAAAAGUCAGAAUGUGGGAAAUAGCACAAAAACAGCUGCUCCAGCACCAUUCAGUGCUACGAGAAAUUUCAGAUCUCAGUCUUGAGACGGAGAAUCUGAGGCAGAAGAACCUGCAACUAAAGAAACAGCUUCAGGAACGCGGCAUUUCAGUGACCAACUCUUGCGCCUUUGACCCAAAGGAAGGCUGAAGUUGAACAUGCAUGAUCUUUUCAAGCAACAAAGACUGCUAUUAAAAUCGAUGCAAUUUGA